AUGCCCUCCGCAUCCGCCCCGAAGCCAUCGCCCGCGAAACCGGCCCCUUCAACUACCCCCUCGACCACACCACCCCUGGCCCACCCCCGCCCCCAACGCGCCACCCCAUUACCAACUCCUCGGCCCCGCGCCGACGGCGACGAAGAAAUCACCACCGCCCUCGUCGGCCCCGACAACAUCUGCGGCUACGUCGACGGCCGCCCCGGCGCCUCCUUCUACUGCCCCGCCGGCAACAACUGCGUCCUCUUCACCGCCCGCACCACCCUCACCGGCGCCGUCGCCUGCUGCAACACCGACGCCUGCAACCUCCGCCUCACCUGCAUGGACUACAACCAGGUCGUCAACUCUAAACAGUGCGACAACGGCUGCAUGGUCGACGCCUUCACCCUGAAAUGCACCGAUUCCGCCCGCCCCUUUUGCAACACCGCCUCCUUCGCCACCAGCAUCUUCGACUACUGGUGCAACGACCUCGACCUCUCCUCCGCCCAGACCCUCUUCACCACCUUUCUCGGCCAGACCGGCCGCUCCUUCGAACCCCUCCCCUCACCACCUCCCUCAACAUCGAAAAAAGUCAACGCCGGCGCCAUCGCCGGCGGCGUCGUCGGCGGCCUGGCCGGCCUCGCCCUCCUCGGUCUCGCCGCCUUCUUCCUCAUCCGUAGGCGCAAUAACAACAACGCCGCCUCCACCUCACCCAUGCAGCCCCAGAUGGUCUACGCCCCGCUCCCCGGCCAGCCCCAGUUCCCCAACACCACCCCUUCUCCCGGCCGCCUCCCCGUCGGUCCGGACAGGAUGAGCAGUAUCAGCCCCCACCACGGCGAUCCCCGCGCCAGCACCCUCGUCAAUAGUCCCACCCUCUCCACGACAAGCGGCGCCGCCUUUUCUCCUUACCCGCAGCAGGGCGUUCCCGGCCAGCCCCAGCCGUAUGCUCCGAACCAGGCCCACGUCCACGAGGCCGGUGGCGACGCGGCCGACCAUCACCGCGGCCAGAUUCACGAACUGCAUUAG